AUAAAAGUUAAAACCCUCUUUAUGGAGUCAGCGCUUUAUGGUCUUUCUCCCUCUUGCAAAUUACUCCUCCUCCCUACUGUUCAAUUAACACACACACACACACAGAGAAAUUAAUUAAUUGUGCGCACAUGUGAAGGAAUUUUAACGCCCUUUCACUCACAAAACCAAGUCUAAAGUCUUGACUUUUCCACUGUCUUAUAUUAUUUUCUCUAUUAAUCAAUCUGUAACUGUAUGUAUCAAAGACUGGCGUUUUAAUGGUGGGCUUUGGCUUUGCUGCUGACUGAAUUCUUACCAGUUUUCUCCGCUGGGUUUUGCUGAAAAAGCUAACUGCCACACAUUCGUUUCGGUCGAUAAUUUUGAGAAAUGGAUCCAUCCGAAAGAGACGAGAUACCUAUGCUGCCGACAACUUACGUCCAAUCAGACGACAUCGUCGAGUCCGGAAACAGGGCUUUUGCAACCAGGACAAGGAGUGCAUCGAUGUCUAUCCCUAGGAACUCUCUAGAAACUUCCGACUACGAGCCUAGCCUCGUCGGUUUCACGGGUCCUUUGAGAGCUCAAAAGCCAACUGCUUCGUUGUACGCUAAUCAGAACCGCGAGUUCAUCUUUCAGCCUCCUCAGGGUGCUUCGUCGCAGCAGAAAAAUACCGAGACCAAAAUGGAGAGAUUUCCUUCGAUGGUUCAGAGCGAGAGUAGUGAUUGGCCGAUGGAUGAUUACACAAGCAAAAACGAUCAUCUUUUGAAGUCUGGCCAGCUGGGAAUGUGCAACGAUCCGUACUGCACGACUUGUCCGAUGUAUUACAAUGUUAAGGGGCGGCAUAGACGAACAUCGGAUAUACUUGAUGCAAAGUUUCACAAUAUGUUAUACGGAGACGCAAAGGGUUGGGCAAAGAGAAUGUGCUCGUGUGUGCAUAUUCCAAGAGUUAUGAAUCCCCACGCAAAAGUUGUUCAGCAGUGGAACAAGUUCUUUGUCAUUUCUUGCUUGUUUGCCGUAUUUAUCGACCCGUUGUUCUUCUUUCUGUUAUUUGUUCAACAGAAUAACAAGUGCAUAGUUUUGGAUCGGGCGAUGACAACCACUAUCGUCGUCUUGAGGAGCACAACCGACUUUAUUUACUUGUUGCAUAUCCUCCUUCAGUUCAGGCUAGCUUACGUUGCACCUGAAUCUAGAGUCGUGGGGUCCGGAGAUUUAGUCGAUGAUCCAAAAAUGAUUGCAAAGAAUUAUCUUUUCGGAUAUUUCAUCAUUGAUUUCUUCGUUGUACUCCCCCUGCCACAGAUUAUCAUAUUACUGGUGUUACCGGAUUCCGUCGGAGCAUCUGGUGCAAAUUACGCAAAAAACCUUCUACGGGCCGCCAUUCUUGUUCAGUAUAUUCCACGUCUCUACAGAUUCUUGCCCUUUGUCGCGGGCCCCUCUUCGACCGGCUUCGUCUUCGAGUCAGCAUGGUCCAAUUUCGUCAUAAAUCUUCUUACAUUCGUUUUGGCUAGCCACGUGGUCGGCUCGUGCUGGUAUCUCUUCGGCCUUCAGAGGGUGAAUCAAUGCUUCCGAAAUGCCUGUCGAGACAGCGAUAUGGUAACAGACAAGUGUAUGCAAUUCCUCGACUGUGGCCAUGGAGAGACUCAAGAGAGGUUUGGAGACGAUCCAACGUGGGACCAGUGGAAGAACAAUGUAAACGCAACUGCUUGUUUUGGACAAGGUGGUUUCGAUUUCGGGAUAUAUCAAAACGCUGUUAAUUUAACCACACACAGAAGUGUUGUGAUAAGAUACGUGUACUCAUUGUUUUGGGGCUUCCAGCAAAUCAGUACACUAGCUGGGAAUCAAGUUCCGAGUUAUUUUAUAUGGGAAGUUCUUUUCACAAUGGUGAUCAUAGGGUCCGGCCUAUUGCUUUUCGCUCUGCUUAUCGGAAAUAUGCAGAAUUUUCUCCAAGCUCUUGGCCGAAGGAGGUUAGAAAUGUCUUUAAGACGACGUGACGUUGAGCAGUGGAUGAGCCACCGUCGCUUGCCUGAAAAACUACGAAGACAAGUACGUGAUUCGGAGCGCUUUAAUUGGGCAGCCACUCGGGGAGUGAAUGAAGAAAUGCUAAUGGAGAACUUACCGGAAGACCUUCAAAGAGAAAUUCGACGUCAUCUAUUUAAAUUCAUCAAAAGAGUACGAAUUUUUCAACUUUUGGAUGAACCGAUCGUAGAUGCUAUAUGCGAGAGGCUAAAGACGAAAACAUAUAUCAAAGACAGUAGAAUUUUAUUUCGAGGUGGUCUUGUUGAUAAAAUGGUUUUUAUAAUCCGAGGAACAAUGGAAAGUGUGGGCGAAGAUCGUAACGUAGUUCCCUUGUCUGAAGGUGAUAUUUGUGGUGAAGAACUUCUUACAUGGUCUCUCGAACAUUCUUCCAUUAAUAAAGAUGGAAAAAGAAUCAGGAUUCCGGGACAUAGAUUGUUGAGUAGCAGGCUUGUAAGAUGCUUAACAAACGUUGAAGCCUUUGUAUUACGAGCCUCGGAUCUCGAAGAAGUGACCAGUCUUUUUGCACGUUUUUUGAGGAGUCCACGUAUUCAAGGGGCAAUAAGGUACGUAUCACCUUACUGGAGAGGAUUUGCAGCUCGACAAAUCCAAGUUGCAUGGAGAUACAGGAAGAAGCGACUCAGUCAAAACAAGCUCUCCACGUAAAAUUUUAUUUUAUACGAGUAUUUUUAUCGUUUGUACGUAUAACGCGGUAUUUUAUCAAAUAUACGAUGGUAUAUGUGUAUAUAUAUAUAUAUACAUUGGCAGAUAUUCUGCAUUAGUGUCAUUAUAAUUGUUUGUCAUCAUUUUUAGUACUGAAUUUCUGCCUCUGCAGUUAAGCCACGCGCUUUGGCACCACAGUUAGAGCUGCUGCAUUAUUGUUAUUUAAAGUGGGAAUUUAUGGUAGUGUUUUUAGAUUUCCAACAAUAUUUUUCAAGAAAUAGGUGAGAAUUUGGUAAUAUUGUUCACUUGGUUUCGGGUCGGAAUCCAUUUUGUUCACGGGUCGGUUUCUGGUUCGGUUUAUUUUAGGGUUGUUCUUUUGGUAAUACCGUACUGCAAUUCGAGGAUACUUCGAAACUUCGUAUUGUUUACCGCAUCGAACUAUUUGUUUCGGUAUUGUUUUUUAUUGAAUUGAUUCGGUUUUUU